AGAAUGAGGAUGAGUGGGUGGAAUACAAGAAUGUAUUGGACGAUGUUAUGAAAAGGAGUGGAUUUAACAAGAGUAUCUUCUAUGAUCUUAGAGGGAAUCAUGACAAUUUUGGUGUUCCACUGGUUGGGGGUUCUUUUGAUUUCUACUCAAAGUAUAGCAUCAAUGGGCAGUUGGGAAGAAAUGGGCGUGUCAAUAGUGUCACCCUUCAGAUUGGUGUGCAGAAACAUCUGUUUGUGGGGUUGGAUAGCACAAUGUCUGUUGGUUUAUGAGGUCCAACUCAUCUUUUUGGACAUCCAACUGAGCAGCUAUUAACUGAAAUAGAUGCAGAGCUAUCACAAUGGAAUUUUGAAUCAUAUAAACCAAUCAGCAAGAUUUCCUUUGGGCAUUUCCCUCUCUCGUUCUCAGCAUCCUCCCAGUCUGGGAAGAGCUUGGAAGAUGUUUUUCUUAAGCAAUCUCUUUCAGCUUAUCUAUGUGGGCAUCUUCAUACAAGACUUGGAAAGAACUUGAAGAGGCACCACCAUUUAAGUCAUCAUUUUUUAUCCUUUCAGAAGUUUUUCCAGUUUAACAUACACCAAAUACCUUCAGAAAGCCAUCAAAAUUGUUCUUUUGGAGCCCCUCUAAUCGAAGAAUUCUGGGAAUGGGAGAUGGGUGACUGGAGAAAGAGCAGAACCAUGCGCAUUCUGGCCAUUGAUAGAGGCCAUGUCUCGUUUGUUGAUAUUGAUUUCAAGUCAGGUGCCAAGAAAACUAUCAUAUUGCCAACAUUUCCACUGGACUCACGUUUCAUGUCAACAUCUUCAUCUAAUCACGACUAUGAAUGUGAAUAUAUGCUCCCUACAUCUUAUGAGACAGUGAGAGUGUUGGUGUUUUCUGUUUCUCCAAUUGUGUCUGUUGUGGCUAGGAUCUUUGAUUCAAGAUCUGGACAUUUUGAUAUUGUCAUGGAAGCACCAAUGAGCAAGCAUGAAGACAGUGCCUCUAGGGGGGAUCUUUAUACAGUUCCAUGGAAUUAUAAAGCCUUCGAGGACCCAUCUGCUGAUCGAUUCUGGCUCCAAAUUGAAGCAACUGACGUCAUGGGCAGAACAACAUUGACAGAACUAAGACCUUUCUCUGUUAAUGGUAUUGGUGCCAGACUUGCAUGGGCAUGGAAGGAAUUUUUUGUCAUGGGUUGUCAGUGGGCUGCCUUGUAUUACCCAAUUCUUUGGUCGCUUUUAUUUGUACUACUCUUGCUUCUUCUUAUUCCAAAAGCUCUUCUCCUUUUUUCAAGGAAGCAAUAUACGUUCAAGAAUUUUAUUGCUGAGAAAGACUUCAUAAAUGCCAUAGUCUGGCUUUUGCAAGAGCUCUGCAGGUUUCCAAUGUUUUGGUUUGGCUUUUUGGGAUACUUGUUCCACCUUAUAUUGUUUCCUUGGUUGAUUGGAAAAGUUUAUACUGAGAGUGAGGAUGGGGGAUACAUGACCUACAUGGGAUGGGUGGUGAAGUCCUCUCGUGGCUGGGAAAAGCAUGAUUAUGUUGGACCUCCAGAUAUUAUGGUGACUGUUCUUCCCCAUCUUCUUUUCGUUGUUUUACCUGCUCUGUUAGUCACAGCGGCUUUGAUUGUCGAGAAAGGAGCCCACAGACAUCAUUUUCUAUCAUGUUCAGCCAGGAAAGAAGAUGACUAUGACAGUCAAAAUAAGGGUUCCAUCAAAUAUGAUUAUGAAAGCAGUAAAAGAUCAAAGUUCCAUUUUCGUGAGCGAUGGAUCUGGAAAGUUCUCUUGGUUCUUUGCAUGGCUAUUUGUUGGAGGCAUUUCAAGAAUUGCAUAGCUCUCAUGAAAGCUUAUGAGAUGAACCCAUUACAUUUUCCCGGAUAUAGCCUUGGAAUUGCGUUGUUGUUAUCUUAUGCCAUCUACAACACUCAGAGGGCUUAACCAGAGAAUUGUUGGCUCACUCACUCUUCUCCAAGUUUGCUCGAACCAUUCUGGAAGCAACUUUGCAUACUUUGCUGAUUGGCAUAAACUCUCUAAUCUGCAGAGAGUGAUGAUUGAAGCACCACUUUCAGAUUGAUACAGAAGAGAAUUUCCCAAGGUGAUUUCUGGGGAACCAAUUGAAAACUGUGUUAGUAUGAAGGCUCAUUCCAAAUGGAGUUGUAGGUUAUUUGGAGCCUCCUCCCAUGUCUCGAUGACAAUUUUGCUCUUUGUACCACAUAAACGAAGACAAACUCUAGUUACAAAUAUCAGUGGGUUGAGAUUGGUGCAUGAUGAAAUUGGUGGUGUGCUUGUAUAACUAUGGAGCCUUGAUGAAAAUAUAGCAUGUUGACCAAAAACAUUGCUUUGAUCAUUAUCUGUUUGUAUCUAACAACUUCUUUUGUAAGCAAUUUUGCCUUUGCAUCCCCCGAAGUAUAUCCUAUCUCAUCGAGUUUACCUUUGAACUUGUCC